AUGGCUAUCCUCGACCCAAAACCGGGGUUCACCGUCAAGACGCGGGUGGUGGCGCUGCCCCAGGCCCAGCAAUUGGGCCGCAAGUUGUUUGUCAACGUGUGCCACGACCCGCAAGUGCCUAAACCCCAGGAUACCGAAUUCGUCCCGGAAACGGUGUUUCCCAAGAUUGUUACCAACGAAUGGGAGAUCCCUAUCAUCGUAUCGCUGCCUAAAGAGGUUGUCGACAAAAAGGGGUCGGCGCUGACGGCAAUUGACUGCUGUAUUAACUCGACAUGUUUUACGUGGAUCCAACUAUUUAUUGACCUCAAAAAGAUCGUCAUUGAGUGGUGUCUUGAAGCGAUUGAAGUCACGAACGAUAUCACUCUCGAUCGUGACUAUACCAUCCCCAAAAUGCUCUCAAAGGGUGAGCUUACCAAGACAGAAAUUAAUGACGACGAACUCGCUAAGGGGCCUCAAGCUAAACUUGAAGAAUUGCAGAAGAAUGAACCGUUAAACCUUUUGCAUGAAGUACAAGACGCUGACGGUGACGUCGACAUGGACGGUACUUCGUUACCUCCCCUCGUGCCUCAACCCCUGUCGCGACCAUUGAUCGAAGAAGUCACCACCAGUCCCGCUUCCGGCUCCACCAACUCCACCCCAAAAGCAUCGUCAUCCACAUCCACCGCCAACACUCUGCUUGACCCUGAUCCUGAAGACUCUGACCUGAAUGAGCCUACUCAGAUCGAUUACCAAUUAAGCUUCACUGAUCUCGAAAACGAAAAGUUUAACCUAUUAGUUAAGCUCCACAGCCCUCAGCUCACUCCCCAAAACGUGCUGGUCUCGCUAAAGGGAAUGGACUUGAUCAUUGUGCCGCGAGAACCGCUCUUUUUCUCCACUCUGGAGAGAAAUUUGGUAGUUCCUUUGAGAGCACCCAAAGCCACUCAGCCGAGAUGCUUCUUUGUGACUCCAGAAAGUACGCUCUACGUAUUUAUUUGA